AUGCUGCGCCCAUCACGGCUCGCCCGGCCGCUCGCACGGGCAUCAACCCGUCCAGCUCUUGCGCCAGUCUGUCACCGCGCGUUCCUCUCCCAGCGCGCAUCUACCCGUGCCACACAAGACUUCGACCUGAACAAGCUCAACAACAAACGCCGCGACUACGAGCAGAAUCGGACUGCAUUCCUGGCCGCCGGCGCUAUCGCAGGAGUCAUCUCUUUCAUCUACACGGCAUGGAAGCUAAAGAAGGCGCUGGACGCACAGGAUGAAAAGGACAAUGCCGCUGUAAAAUGUGAUUCGCCAAUUCCAACAGAGGCGUUCAAGACAGAAGCCGGGGAGAAGCGCAAGGUCGUUCUCCAUGACGACGAGGGAAGGGAGAUUGUUCCCACGGGAUAUAGUGUCGUUCCGGUGUUUCCUCGUACCAUGGAUCUCGACCUGCCUGGGAGUUCUUCCGCUGAGGGACCCAUCGCCGCAUCCGUGUCCAAUGAUGCGGGUGUAGAAUAUACGCUUGUCGGGCUGGGCAUGAGGACCGUCACAUUUAUCGGCAUUCAGGUUUACCUGGUGGGAUUCUACGUCGCUACGCAAGAUAUCGAGCGGCUGCAGCACUACCUCGUCAAGAAGAUCAACCCGCUGGCUACCACGCUGAUUCCUUCUGAGAAGGAUGCGCUCCGCAAGGCGCUGCGCGAUGCUACUGAAGGCGAGCAAACGUGGGAUUCUAUCCUGCAGGAAGCCGGGUGCCGCAGCGCAUUCCGCAUCGUGCCCGUUCGCGACACCGACUUCCACCAUCUCAGAGAUGGGUUUGUGCGAGCCGUUCAAGCCCGUUCAAGCCGCGACAAGGCUUACAACGACGAGGCAUUUGGUGCGGCUAUGAAGGAUUUCAAGGGCUUUUUCAACCGAGGGCAGGUUCCAAAGAAGAAGGAACUCUUGUUGUCGCGUGACGCGCAGGGGAAAUUGGUCGUCCUCUACGGAGACGGGGACCAUAAGCAACAGAAGGAUAGGAGUGUGAUGGGCACCGUCUCAGAUGAGAGACUAUCCAGGCUGUUGUGGUUGAAUUAUCUAGCAGGAAAUAAGGUUGCUUCUGAGGGGGCGAGGGAGAAUAUCAUCGAGGGGAUUAUGGAGUUUGUGGAACGACCUGUCGGCACCGUAGCUACACAGAUCUUGUAA